AUGGAUCGCCUGUCAUGGUACACACCUGGCGAAUCUAUGGAGGAGAUCUUGAUACAGGCAGGACAGGUGGGAAUAUACGAUGGUGACAUGAAACAGUCAUCGUUCGAGCAGGGUACAGCGUCGUUAACACUUCAAAGGGUGAUUUGGGCUGAUUCUAGUGAUCCAGUAAGUGGCUUUCAUCUGAAAGCACCAAAACUUUUAAUUUUAUGUCUGGUAUCUUGUGUUGUUGUAGCCAGUUCAUUGUACUAAACUGUCGUUUUAAUGAAUUGUGUUGCAGGACUGCAGAUUAGUGUUACACCAUUCAUUAGUGGAUAGGAUUGAAAGACAUCACAAGUCGAUGUUCGGAAGAGGAGGAAAGAUCAUUGUUACGUUGAAGUCGGCUGGAGCAGGACAUUCGCCUGGACCUGUCGCGUCUUCUGGGUUCAAUUCAUUGAGAUUCGUAUUCAAACAAGGGGGUGAAGAAGAGGUCAGUCGUUUACAGAACCUGCCUGUAAAUUAUUAAACCUUAAUAUAUUAUUAUUAUAUAACUUCCUAUUUAAAACACUUCUUUAAUGUUAACCAUCCUUCAGUAGAUGUAACGUCGAUAUCUAACAAUUUCAGUUUUACAAAAAGUACAUUGAUGCUCUGAACCGCCAAACAUGGAAACGAACCUCGUCAAGUUCGAGUUCAGGCGGCUCCAGAACUUGUACUUUGUAUGCAAAUCCAGCUGGAGGUCCGCCAAGUCAACGGUCGUUAAGUGGCCAAUUGGGCCAAGAGAAGAAGUUUACAGAACAAAACAAUCGACUGAAUCAGACGAUCAGUCAGGUAGAUUACUUCCCUUUCUUCACUCGCUUACACUUACAACUAGCUAAAGUAUUGCUUUUCGAAUAACAGUUUCUACACUUACUUUCACUUAGAAUGCUGUACCUUUAACAUUUUAAACUUUAACGUUUUCGAAACCAUUAACAGCUCUGAAUUGCUUUUUCCAUAACUUUUGAGUGUAUUUGCCGUAACCUUCACCGAAGCUAGCUUUGAAUAAUUGUGUAGGCGUUUGAGGACAUGAGUAGACUAAUGGAAGAAGCACGUGAAAUGGUUAAUCUCUCCAAAAGUAUUACAGAACGACUACGAGUGAACAAGGAGGACAUGACUGAGGAAGAGGUCAGGACCCGUAAUCUUGUUGUACUUCAUCCCUUUCAGACCCUCAACUUCAAGAACAACCUUCUGCUCCUGGGCGUCAGCGAUCCGGUCAUGAAGUCGGCGUUCGGUCACACAGCUUCUUACUAUGACAACCUCGCCAAGAAGGUCAACGACAUUCUGUUGGAUACUGUCGAGGUAAGUAUAAUACCAAAAUUUGCUUUAACAUGUUAAUUAACAUUCUUGGAGGCCAUACCAAAAUUAAAAGGUUUAAUCGUGCAUCUAUGACAAAAUGGGACGCCAAUCACUGAUAAAGGUUUCGAGAACCAGUUUCUGGUAAAACUGGCCAUAAAAUGUUGAGAUAAACUCUAAUGAAUUCUUUUAUGGAAAUUAAAAGGAAAACGUCUAUUUUCAGACCAACGGCGAGAUGUCUUUGCCUGAGGCGUAUUGUAAAGUAAACCGAAGCCUCGUAUCCGAAUUGUUUUCCCCAGAAGAUCUUCUGAAUGCCUGCCAACGAUUCGAUGACAUUUCUGCGCAAUUAAGGUGGGUUUGCUUUAAUUUUUGUACUGUUCUGGUCAAAAGUGAAGAACGGGCCUUAUGCUGAAUAUAAGGGCUUUAUAUUUUACCUUUUUAUCUAAAAUAAUAUACUUUUGACACAUUCGGGCACUCAAAUUUAAGAAAUUUUAUGAAAGAUUACGUAGAAAUAAUAUAUAAAAAUGUAUUUUAAAAAUUAUAAAAUGUAAACAUUACAUACAACAAUAUAAUUUACAGUCUGGAGUCCCUGGCGGACGGCUCCUUCCGCGUGUGCCUUCGGAAUUCGCCGGAAAACGCUUCUUCAGACCUUGUGUCGUCGCUGACUUCCCCCUGA